AUGGACAAAUAUCGAAUCUACAAUGAUAGAGGAAUAUCUCAAAUGGGCAACGUCAGAGUCACGGUGGAGACCAGCACCUCCAGCAUGAUGGAGCAACGACGAGAUGCCAGUUCGAAUGCAUUUCGGGAUCUGACGAAUGCAUCUGUGCUCUCUACUCCCCUCACACACAAAGCUGUGGCACUAGCACACCAUCCACGCCCCGGACCGAGCCAAUCGACAGCUACGCCGAUUACUCCGCAAAGUGCCCGGAAACGCGCAGGCCCCAAGCAAGCAAAUGGCCGGUACAAAUAUGGAUACCGUGCCCUACAAGAAAUUCGUCACCUGCAAAAAACUACGAACAACUUGAUCCCGAAAAUGUCGUUCGCACGUCUCGUGAAAGCGAUAGCCAUGCGAGUCUCGCAUGUGCAGGAUCUUCGGUGGAAUGUGGCAGCUAUGGCAGCUUGUCAGGAGCCGCCGCUGACUGAAUAUUGUAUCUACCACUACGCAAAGCUGCUC